UUUGAGGAGGUGUCUGUCUGUUUCACCCCAGCAGAAUGGGACCUGCUGGAUCCGGGCCAGAAAACUCUCUACAGAGAAGUCAUGCAGGAUAACUAUCUGAGCGUAAUCUCUCUGGCAGGGGAUGAUCAGAGAAAUGAGGAGGGCGAGGAAUUUGAGCAGCAGCUGCCAGAUCGAGUUCAAGAUUUGAUAGAAAACAGUAGAAAUCGAGGCAGACCUAACAGAAAGAAAAGCAGCAGUAUGGAUGAGAAGAGAGAAGGAAAAAGGUUUAAUAGAACCCAAACAAGGGAGAAACCUUUUGAAUGUUUGGACUGUGGAAAGAGAUUCAGUCGGAGUAGCCAUCUUCAACAGCAUCAGAGAACUCACACAGGGGAGAAACCUUUUGAAUGCUCAGAGUGUGGGAAGAGAUUCAGUAACAGUGGCCAUCUUCAAGAGCAUCAGAGAACUCACACAGGGGAGAAACCUUUUGAAUGCUCAGAGUGUGGAAAGAGAUUCAGUCGGAGUAGCCAUCUUCAACGGCAUCAGAGAACUCACACAGGGGAGAAACCUUUUGAAUGCUCAGAGUGUGGGAAGAGAUUCAGUCACAGUGGUGAUCUUCAAAAGCAUCAGAGAAUCCACACAGGGGAGAAACCUUUUGAAUGCUCAGAGUGUGGGAAGAGAUUCACGGACAGUAGUACUCUAAAACUGCAUCAGAGAACCCAUACAGGGGAGAAACCUUUUGAAUGCUCAGAGUGUGGAAAGAGAUUCAGUCACAGUAGUGAUCUUAAAAAGCAUCAGAGAACCCACACAGGGGAGAAACCUUUUGAAUGCUCAGGGUGUGGGAAGAGAUUCAGUCAGAGUAGCUGUCUUCAACAGCAUCGGAGAACUCACACAGGGGAGAAACCUUUUGAAUGCUCAGAGUGUGGAAAGAGAUUCAGUCACAGUGGCGAUCUUCAAAAGCAUCAGAGAACCUACACAGGGGAGAAUCCUUUUGAAUGCUCAGAGUGUGGAAAGAGAUUCAGUCAGAGUGGCUGUCUUCAACAACAUCGGAGAACUCACACAGGGGAGAAACCUUUUGAAUGCUCAGAGUGUGGAAAGAGAUUCGGUCGCAGUAGUACUCUAAAUCUGCAUCAGAGAACCCACACAGGGGAGAAACCUUUUGAAUGCUCAGAGUGUGGGAAAAGAUUCAGUCGCAGUAGCUAUCUUCAACAGCAUCACAGAACUCACACAGGGGAGAAACCUUUUAAAUGCUUAGAGUGUGGAAAGAGAUUCACUCACAGUAGUGCUCUAAGACUGCAUCAGAGAACCCACACAGGGGAGAACCCUUUUGAAUGCUCAGAGUGUGGAAAGAGAUUGAGUCAGCGUAGCGUUCUUCAACUGCAUCAGAGAACGCACACAGGGGAGAAACCUUUUGAAUGCUCAGAGUGUGGAAAGAGAUUCAGUCGGCGUAGCCUUCUUCAACUGCAUCAGAGAACGCAUACAGGGGAGAAACCUUUUGAAUGCUCAGAGUGUGGAAAGAGAUUUAGUCGGCGUAGCCUUCUUCAACUGCAUCAGAGAACGCAUACAGGGGAGAAACCUUUUGAAUGCUCAGAGUGUGGAAAGAGAUUCACUCACAGUAGUGCUCUAAGACUGCAUCAGAGAACCCACACAGGGGAGAAACCUUUUGAAUGCUCAGAGUGUGGGAAGAGAUUCAGUUGCAGUAGUACUCUAAAACUGCAUCAGAGAACCCACACAGGGGAGAAACCUUUUGAAUGCUCAGAGUGUGGAAAGAGAUUCAGUCACAGUGGUAAUCUUCAAAAGCAUCAGAGAACCCACACAGGGGAGAAACCUUUUGAAUGCUCAGAGUGUGGGAAGAGAUUCAGUUGCAGUAGUACUCUAAAACUGCAUCAGAGAACCCACACAGGGGAGAAACCUUUUGAAUGCUCAGAGUGUGGAAAAAAAAUUAGUGACAGAGGCACUCUAAAACAACAUCAGAGAACGCACACAGGGGAGAAACCUUUUGAACGUUCAAACCAUGGGAAAAGAUUCAGUCAGAGUGACCAUCUUCAACUGCAUCAGAGAACCCACACAGGGGAGAAACCUUUUGAAUGCUCAGAGUGUGGAAAGAGAUUCAGUCACAGUGGUAAUCUUCAAAAGCAUCAGAGAACCCACACAGGGGAGAAACCUUUUGAAUGCUCAGAGUGUGGGAAGAGAUUCAGUUACAGUAGUACUCUAAAACUGCAUCAGAGAACCCACACAGGGGAGAAACCUUUUGAAUGCUCAGAGUGUGGGAAAAGAUUCAGUCAGAGUUACCAUCUUCAACUGCAUCAGAGAACCCACACAGGGGAGAAACCUUUUGAAUGCUCAGAGUGUGGAAAGAGAUUCAGUCGGAGCGGCCAUCUUCAACGGCAUCAGAGAACUCACACAGGGGAGAAACCUUUUGAAUGCUCAGAGUGUGGGAAAAGAUUCAGUCAGAGUUACCAUCUUCAACUGCAUCAGAGAACCCACACGGGAGAAACCUUUUGAAUGCUCAGAGUGUGGAAAGAGAUUCAGUCACAGUGGUGAUCUUCAAAAGCAUCAGAGAACCCAUACAGGGGAGAAACCUUUUGAAUGCUCAGAGUGUGGAAAGAGAUUCAGUCGG